UGUUCGCCGCCGCGCUGCCGUCGGGACCGGAGCCCGGCCGGGGGCAGCCCGGAGCCAUGGCGGAUGGCGAGGAGCUGCAGACCUUCACCUCCAUCAUGGAUGCGCUCGUCCGGAUCAGUACCAGCAUGAAGAACAUGGAGCGGGAGCUGAUCUGUCCUGUCUGCAAGGAGAUGUACAAGCAGCCGGUGGCCCUGCCCUGCAUGCACAACGUCUGCCACGUCUGUGCCAGUGAGAUCCUCGUGCAGCAUGGCUACAUCUGCUGCGACCCCAGUUCGGAGCCCACCUCGCCUGCCUCCACGCCGGCCACCCGCAGCCCCCGCAUGGGCCGCAGAGUCAUCCCCAAACCCGACCGCCUGGAUCGGCUCCUCAAGUCAGGGUUUGGCACCUACCCGGGCCGGAAGCGGGGGGCCGUGCACCCCCAGACUGUCAGCUUCCCGUGCCCGGCCUGCCAGCGGGACGUGGACCUGGGCGAGCGGGGCCUGGGCAACCUGUUCCGGAACCUGACGCUGGAGCGGAUCGUGGAGCGGUACCGCCAGACCAUCAACAUCAGCACUGCCAUCAUGUGCCAGUUUUGCAAACCACCCCAGUUGGAGGCGACCAAGGGCUGCACCGAGUGCAAGUCGAGCUUCUGCAAUGAAUGCUUCAAACUCUACCACCCCUGGGGCACCCAGAAGGCCCAGCACGAGCCCACGCCGCCCACCCUCACCUUCCGGCCCAAGGGUCUGAUGUGUCCGGAGCACAAGGAGGAGGUGACUCACUACUGCAAGACCUGCCAGCGGCUGGUGUGCCAGCUGUGCCGCGUACGCCGCGCUCACGCCAGCCACAAGGUCACGCCUGUGCUCAGCGCCUUCCAGGCACUGCGGGAGAAGCUGACGAAGAGCCUCGCCUACAUCCUGAGCAGCCAGGAUACGGUGCAGUUGCAGAUCGCGGAGCUGGAGGAGACGGUGAAGCACACCGAGGUGAAUGGGUCCCAGGCCAAGGAGGAGGUUUCCCAGCUGAUACGGGGCCUGUGCACGGUGCUGGAGGAGAAGCAGACGGCCCUGCUGCAGGCCAUCCAGGAGUCCCAGCAGGAGCGGCUGGCCAGCCUGCACCACCAGAUCCAGGAGCACCGUUCCAUGCUGGAGAACUCGGGCCUGGUGGGCUACGCCCAGGAGGUGCUGAAGGAGACUGACCACCCCUGCUUUGUCCAAGCAGCCAAGCAGCUACACAGCAGGAUCGUCAGGGCCACAGACUCGCUGCAGACCUUCCGGCCCGCUGCCACUUCGUCCUUCAGCCGCUUCCAGGUGGACCUCAGCAGAGAGAUGAAGCUGCUCACGGACCUGACCUUUAUCAAAGCCCCCGAGGCGCCGGUGAUCGACACGCAGCGCACCUACGCCUACGACCAGAUCUUCCUGUGCUGGCGCCUGCCCCAGCACUCGCCGCCCGCCUGGCACUUCACCGUGGAGUACCGCAAGAGCGACACCAAGGCCAAGGCGCUCAAGCUGUGGCAGCGGCGCGAGGAGGUGCGGGGCACCAGCGCCCUGGUGGAGUACCUGGACACAGACAGCAUCUACGUGCUGAGAGUCAAGGGCUGCAACAAGGCCGGCUUUGGGGAGUACAGCGAAGAUAUCUACCUGCACACGCCGCCCGCACCAGUCCUGAACUUCUUCCUCGACAACCGCUGGGGCUUCAACCGGGAGCGCCUGGCAAUCAGCAAGGACCAGCGGGCCGUGCGCAGUGUGCCCGGCCUGCCCAUGCUCUUUGCCGCCGAGCGCCUCAUGACCAGCUGCCACCUCUCCAUCGACCUGCUCAUCGGCGACGUGGCCGUCACGCAGGGCCAGAGUUACUGGGCCUGCUGCGUGGACCCCAGCUCCUACCUGGUCAAGGUGGGCGUGGGGCUGGAGAGCAAGCUGCAGGAGUGGUUCCAGGUGCCGCAGGACGUGGUGAGCCCCAGGUACGACCCAGACAGCGGGCACGACAGUGGGGCGGAGGACGCCACCGUGGAUGUGCCCCCCCCAUAUGCCUUCCUGACCAUCGGCAUGGGCAAGAUCCUGCUGUCCCACGGCUCGGCCCUCACCUCCCGCGACCCCAGCGGCUGCACCAUCCCCCUGCCCCCCCGCAUCGGCAUCUGCCUGGACUAUGAGCGGGGCAAGGUGAGCUUCUACGACGCCGUCUCCUUCCGCGGCUUGUGGGAGUGUGGCGUGGACUGCUCAGGCCCCGUCUGCCCGGCCUUCUGCUUCAUCGGGGGCGGGGCCCUGCAGCUGCAGGAGCUGGUGGCCAGCAAGCAGGAGCGCAAAGUGACCAUCGGGGGCCUCUCCAAGCUGGACUGAGCCGGCCCCAGGCACACACCGGCCGCCAGUGGGAUAGCGUGCUGCGGACACGCAGCCGGGGGGAGUCGCCUGAGCUCUGCCCUCCAACCGGCGAGGGACUUCGGCUCUCGAGAGCGCUGAGCUCCGGCCUGCGGGGUUAACGAGGGGGGCCACAGAGCUGACAGGGAGGAGAGCGAGGCUCUGACAUGGGGCUGGUUUAGGGCCUCAGCCCCCGGGCCUGGAGCGCAGGCUGCAGAAGGGCGGCGUAGGGCAGACCCCUGCCAGCGUGGGACCCAGCCCUGAGCUGAGGCCUCGGGAGCCAGGAGAGCCCGGCUCUGCUCCCCCGCGUCUCCGUGCUGGGCUCGUGAAUCCUUCCUGUUCUGUUGGAUUGUGGGGGGAGGGUUUGGGCCACACGGCUCCCCUUCGCUCCCCCCCAAAAAACCUCUCUCCUUCCCCUCCCAGCUCCUCCCCAUGGCCUGCCAACGUUUAACCUGGGGGUCUGAGCUGUGGGUGCUGAGGGCACCAGGCAGAGACUGGCAGUGCCCCAGAACCAACCCCCAUCUUGCCAGGGCCUGGGCGGGUGUCACGUUCCUGAGAUCCUCCCUCCACACGGACCAGGGAGCAGCACCCAGCCGCUGGGCCUGGGCCUGAGGGGGGAGCAGGCUGGGGGAUUUGGGCUGGGUGGGGCAGAGGGUGUUUUAAAGGCUAAUCGUUGACCCAGCCAGUCCAGCUGCUGCCCAGAGCCAGGGCUCAUCCUGCCGCUCCCUCAGCGCGGCUCUGCAGGGGCAGUGGGGACGGGAGAUGGCAGAGGGGUGCGGAGAGCCCCUCUCGCUGGGGGGCACCAGGCUGCAGAAUGAAGCUCCCUUCCCAGGCUGGGGCCUGCUGGAAACAUCCCGUCGGGUGUGCGGGAGGAUGGGAGAGCACGGAGGGGUCUCGCCCCGACCCCCAGGCUGCCAUGCAGGGAGCUCCCCAUGUGGGCCAAGCCCUGCCCUGCUGCACCUGUCCCGCGAUGUCCCUAUGGCACCGGCAUGGAGUGCGCCCGCCGCCUCCCUGCCCGCUGUGCCAGCACCCUGCACAUACCUCCUUCCCGGGGGGUGGCUAGUGCAGCUUCACCUCCACAAACGGCAAAGCGCCAAGGAGCAAAUCCACCGACUUGGAUCCUUCCCCAGCCUGUGCCAUGGGCAGGGGGCAGGCGUUGGGCUGGCUGGGCAUGGCAGGACCGAGGCCUCUCAGGGCCUGGGCUCCGGCACUGGGAGCUCCCAGAGUCUCUGUGGGGUCUCAUGGGGUCUGCACUGGGCAAUCGCUGUAUUUUCAUGGUUUCCUACAAUAAACUGCAAUGCCAGAGA